GCCCAACCUUGAACUGAUCCGAAAGGCGCUACGAAUAGGCGCCUCUGCCAAUGAGCUGAGAAAGCAUCAACUCUGAAGAGUCACAUCAUCGAAAGUCAAGGAGUGUGCCUGCAGCAUUGGCGAAGUUCUUCACAAUGUCUCCUUGAUCGGUCUCGUAUUGUCAUUGCACCCCGCUGGAAAGAGCUGCCCGUUCGAGGUGCACCAUGAGACGUUAGGAACGUAGUAAACAUCGCUUGAAAGCUUCUUCUUUCUUGCUUAUUGUAUCAGAAAGAGCGCUCCAGAGUGGUGCGAUGACGUCAGAAGCGGAGGUAACAGCUGCAGUGGCUGCAGCCAGGAAUGCAGCUGCUGCGGCCGUGGGCACACCUGAAGAAGGAAAGGCUACACCUGAAGGCGGAAAGGUCACAACUGAAGAAGGGAAGGUCAGCACAUUGGUCGUGGAGCAUGAGAAGCGCAUCAAGGAAGAAGAGGAGUCAGCAAAAGUUGUGAAGAGCCCUAUCAAAGAAGAAAAGCUGCCAACUGAGCAAGAUGCUGACAAGCCGAUACUCAUGAAGGGUAUUGAGCAGCCUGAAGAGCCACAUGCGAUGGUACCAAUCAUGGCCCCAGAGGUGGUCCCUGCUGUGGCACCUGUGGCUGUUGAUACCCCUCCUCAUCCUGAGGUGGAAGCCCCUGUGAAGGAUGCCACUCCACCUGAGCAUGCCGUUGCACCAGAGCCAGACCUGGAGGCGGACCUUGGGCCCCCUGUAGAGGCGUCCCCUCCUGCAGAGGAAGAUGGCUUUGACCCCGCUGCAUAUGCGCGGCAGGCAGCCCUGGGUCAGCUGGACCGCGACAAGGAUGGGCUCAUUACAGGAGACGACCUAGUGGCGGCUGCUCAUCAGUAUGAGACGCUCAAGAAGAAAGUCAAGUGGUACCGCAGAUGCGCCGGGAUCGCGGUCAUUCUGCUCAUCAUUGUCAUUGGCAUUUGGAUAGGAAUUGCCAUCCUGGCUGGACGGGUGACCGGCGGCGUGAAGGUUGUCGGGGGCGGGUUCUAUGUGAGCCGGGGCAAUGGAGAUGUCGUCUCCACUGGACGGAGCCUGUACGAAAUGCGCACACCUGUUGCCACCGAGCUUCUGACCUUGACUCCAGCUCAGCUGGAGACCCUCGAGACUGUCACGUUUGGUGUGAGCGGCCAGCCCAGCGAGGUGUUCAUGAAGGUGGCCGGCUUGGCAUCCCGGGCCAACUUCGUGGAGCUGCGCUCUGCGACGGGGGCCCGUCUCACGGUCGUGCCGGGAGCACAAACAUACGCCUCGGCGACCGGUCCCAGUGCUCCAGCGACCGUCACCUCCGCCUACACCUUUGCACCGGUUAGCUGAAGUACGCCCGCUGUCAAAGAAGGCUUUUUGCAAGAAGGCGGAUAAUCAGCCCUGCAAGUUGGCAAAAGGAAUUUGUGUGUCGCGUAUCUAUGAGUAGUGGAGUAAGUUGAUGAAUCCAGAAGACCCUUGGGGACAGGUGCAAGCCCGUUCACAAACCUAACUUUAUUUUGUCAAAUGUAGCGUUCUGAGUCAAAUGCAGUGGGUCUGCUUAGGCAGCGAGAAGCUUGUACAUAGAUUUUGGGGCAUGCUAGCUAUCUCUAAUCUAAUGGACUGCCUUCCAACUUGAUGAGGCGCUCUUAUUAUUAUAGGGAGCUAGGUUACUUAAACUUGGUAACGAUUGAUGCUAGCUAGCGCUGCUUAGUCUAAGUCCGGUCUCAGGAUGAAAACAUGGUAAUGAGGUAUCAAUUUCCGGACUAGCUUAGUAAUGCCCGCACUUGUGCCGCCGGGCCAUUGCGAACUGAAUCAGUUUCUCGCUUUCAGUUGCUUGCAUUGUCAAACUUUGGGGCUCAGCAUUUAAAGUCACCCGGAAGCGGACGAUUUGAAGCGCGGCCUAG